CGACAUGGUCAUAACUCAUACGAUCGAUUGUUAAAGAAUUAAACGCAGGAUAUAUUGGCGGAAAAUUACUGUCGAAAAAUGUUACGGAAAACAGCCACAAAAUGACAAGUACAUUGAAAACUGAUUCAAAUAAAAGGUCAAAAUUAACCACAUUAACAGAGGACCAUAAACGAUGGUGCGUCUUUGGAAUUGCUCUCAACCAUGUCGUCGUCCCUGCAAUACGUCCUGUUUUAGAGCAGAAAAUUCUCAACAAGUACAACGGCCUUAAAUUGAACCACAAUAUUCACGUUCAGACCACACACAGCUUUCCCUCGCCGAAAUAUCCAGCUGGUAAUGCCAUGAAAUACGAGAACAUCAACGGGAAUGAUACCAAGCUAAAAGCUCCGCAUUAUAAAAAGUUUGAUUACUCCAAGUUUGACUACAAAGUUACUUCCCAUGUUGACUUUGCCAAGCUUUUUCUCCAGAAUUACAUGGCUAAGCUCAGCGCGUUCGAUGAAACUUGUGAUGCAUCCGCUGUUCUUACUCUACUUGGAAGAAUUCCAGUGUUUUCUGCUGCUCUCCAAAAUGCGGCAAAUGUUGUUAGAGAAGGUAGAAACGCUUGGGGUCAUUGCAAUUUUACUAAAUGGAAUGAAUCCAACUUCAAGAAGAGUUUUGACGACAUGGAAAAACUGCUGAGAGAAUUUGGUUUAUCUCCUGCAGAUGAAUCAAACGCUUUAGCGGGUCUUAAUGACUGGAAAGACAAAGGUGUUGCAUUGUGUAUGAAUGCUUCAAUUGAUUCGGAGCUAGUUAAAGUAAUGCAAGAACAUGUUACUAAAUUGUCCAGUGACGUGAACAAAAUGGCUUUUGAGAGUCAAAAAGAAUUGUGUAAUUUGAGAAAAAUUUUAGAAAAUACUCACAAAAAUUUACAAAAUUGCGAGAAACGAGUGGAAAAUAUGGAGCUUACCCAGGAUAAUAUGGAACAAGAACUAAGCUAUACUGCUGCUAAUGUAAGCCAAUUGAAAACCGAACAAGAAGUUCUUCAACAAGAACUGAGUUCUACAAUUGACAAAGUAGAUCAACUGGCAAUUGAUCAAGAAGUUCUUCAAGAAGAACAGAGUUCUAUUUCUGCCAGAGUUGAAAUGCGUCAGGUCGGACAUGAAGCCAUUCAACAACGUGUCACAAAACUCGAGGGUCGAAAAAAUAGUUCUUACGGUAUUGUUUAA